AUGGCAACUGCAGCUCACGCGUGCCGAGGAGUCCGGAAUCGGCCCAGCGUGACCGGCUGCAGGGCGCCUCCAGGGCGUCGGCGAAUCAGCGCGCGUCGUCAUACGGCUGCAAACCGGCCGGCGCACUCGGCACGGGCGCAUCGAGGCUGGAACGGGGGCAGCGCAGACCCAGGAAGCCCGAAGAGGCGACGCGGCAGCCUCACCGAGUGCACGGGGCCAGGAGUUCAUCCCGAAGCGGGCGGGCGACGUGCAGGACGAGCAGAGGACGCCGGGCUCCACAGCACAGCAUUGAGCAAUCUCGCCGUGGAGGAGACGGCUGCACCAGGCACAGGAAUCUACGACGCUGAUUUCCGCAGGCAGAUUAGGCCCUCGUCACGGCUCUAUCAUUGGGCGCGAAGUGCGGCAGUCCUCAGCGCUCGGUGCAGCCAGCGGCGCGUCAUGCAGGGGGAACCAGCACCGCCAAGGCCUGGGCGACGGAAGAUCUGGGCAGAGCAAGAGGCCCGCCGCACAGCCGUGUUGAGCAGCGACGCCCGCGGCCCUGAGCUGAGCAGUGCGCGCCGUUUCACCUCUCCCCAGCGCCCAGCGCCCUGCGCCAAACCCUGCGCCUUAAAAUAG